AUGGUGAUCGAGUCGAGCGAUGACGAUGGUGGGAGCGAUUUCGACGCGGAGGCGGAGGAAGAGGACGACGACGACGAAGCGUUUGAGGCGGAUUCGAGCGAGGCGUCGAGCGAAGACGAGGAAGAGGAGGACGACGACGAUUUCUCAGAGAGCGAGUCAACGCCGGUGAAGAAGAAGAAGACGACCAAAGUGGCGGUGAAGAAGGUGGUGCCGACGUCGACGACGAAUGGACGAAAGAAGACGACGGUGAAUACGACGUCGGCGCCGACGAAGGCGACAGAGGCAAAGGAUUUGAACGCGCAGGACGUUCUCGCAGGCGUCGGUCCGGAGCAAUACGACGCGCGAGAUCGGUUGAAAUUUCCAUUUAUGCAACCGGAGAAGAUUAAGGAUGCCGAUGGUCGGCGUCCUGACGAUCCGGACUACGAUCCGUCCACGUUGCUGUUGCCGUCGACGUUUCCAAAAAUGCGCGACGCCAGCGGAGUGCAGUGGACGGUUUCCCCCGGGCAGGCGCAGUGGUGGAAGUUCAAGGCGGCGAAUUUCGAUUCUGUAUUGUUGUUCAAGAUGGGCAAGUUUUAUGAAAUGUUCGAAAUGGACGCGCACAUCGGUGUGCGAGACUUAGGAUUGAUGUAUAUGCGCGGCGAGCAACCGCACGCUGGAUUCCCAGAGAAGAAUUACGCGAUGCACGCCGAGCAGCUCGCUCGCAACGGUCACCGCGUCGUGUGUAUUGAACAGACAGAGACACCAGCGCAGCUUGCCGAGCGAAAAAAGAAAGACAAGACGUGCAAGGACACUGUGGUUCGCCGCGAAAUGGUUCAAGUGUUGACAAAAGGUACGAUGGUUGACACCGGUAUGUUGAACUCUUCGCCGGAUGCUGCCUUCGUUUGCUCUAUAAUAGACGGCUGCGAAGAGGAGGACGGCGAAGGUUGGGUCGGUUUGUGCGCUGCAGACUGCGGUACGGGUCGUUUCCUCGUCGGUGCGUGGCGCGACGACGAAGGUGCAAGCUGUUUGCGCACAGCACUUGCGGAGCUGCGCCCGGUUGAAAUCUUAGUUCCGCCCACUGGCUUGAGCGCGCGAGCGAAGAUGGCAGUUUUGGAUAUGUGCUCACACGCUCAGCAGCGUACGUUUAAGUCGACGAGUGCGAACGAAGCGCUGGAGGACGCCGAGGCGGAGGGAUACUUCAAGACGCUUAAGACUGGUUUGCCAGAAGCCAUUAAAGAAAUGCGAGACACUGCAUGCCAUCCUGCUCGCGAAUGCGGUAUCGGAGCGUGGGGCACGGUCGUUGCGUACUUACGCGCCGCGCUGAUAGACGCCGAUUUAGUGCCACAAGGGCGAGUAGAGUCCCUGCACACAACAGACGCCGGCGCGCGGGAGCACUUGGCGCGAUGGGCACACUCUACGCAUGUCGCCAUGGAUGCCGCUGCACUUUCUGGGCUUGAGGUGCUCGAGAAUACCGCAGGUGGCUCCGCGGGUACGCUUUUGGCGUCGCUCGAUCGGUGUGUGAGCGGGCCCGGUCGUCGUUUGUUGCGCCGUUGGGUGUGUCGCCCUUUGACAAGCGCGUCAGCUAUUCGAGCUCGACAAGUCGCCGUCUCUAUGAUGCGGGGAUGCGGGAUCGAGGCCACAGGGAUUGCGCGCAAGCUUUUGCGCGCCGCGCCAGACGCGGAACGCGCCAUCUCGCGCGUUGUCGGAUCGAGCGGCGAGAAAGGUCGAUCCGCCUCGCACGUCGUCUUGUAUGAAGAUGCGGCGCGAGCAAAGUUGAACGAUUUCCUCGCAGCGCUCGAGGGUAUUCGUGCGGUUCGCGACGCUACAAAAGCGAUCGCGGCGUGCGUUGAUGCAUGUGAGAAAUCUGACGUGCUUCGCGCAUUGUGCAUCGUAAACGACGCCGCGGCGACGCGCGAGGACGUGUUCACCGCAGUCGGCGGCGUCGCGAUGCCGGAUCUGAGCGCGCUGGACGAAAUGGAGUCUGCGUUCGAUUGGAACGCCGCCAAAUCGAGUGGGAGAAUCGAGCCGGCGCAAGGCGUCGACGCCGAUCUGGACGCUGCCGAGGAGCAACUUACAGCAGCGGACGCGGAUCUGGCGUCGUGGUUGGAAGAGGCGCGCGGCGAGCUCGGUGGUCACAAAACGGAGGUUUGUUUCGUGAAUGCAAACAAAGAUACGCAUCUUGUCGAAGUUCCUGACCGCCUCGCGUCCAAGGUCCCUCAUCAUUGGGUGCGUGAAGGUAAGCGCAAAGGAUACGAACGGUUCACGUGCGAUGAUUUGGUACCCUUGCGCGCGAAGCGAGUUGCGGCGGAGGAAGCGCGCGAGGACGCGCUCGCCGGCGUGUUCCGUCGAAUCGUCGCAAAGUUUUGCGAGAACGCUUCGGAGUGGCAAGCGGCGGCAAGUGUUGGUGCAAUCAUAGAUGUUCUAGCCUCUUUGGCUGUCGUGAGCGAGGAAAUGUACGCUUCUUGUGGAGCAGUUUGCACCCCGAAGGUGCACCCGCAACCGCGAGACGGCGAGCCCGCGACGCUUGAGUCCGUCGGCCUGUCGCACCCGUGCGCGUCUUCUCUCGCGCGCGCGUUCGUUCCGAACGACGCCAGGCUUGGUGGUAAACAUCCGGGUUUCUGUCUCAUCACUGGUCCGAACAUGGGUGGCAAGUCCACGUACCUCAGGCAAGUCUGCUUGGCCGCGAUCAUGGCGCACGUGGGCGCCGACGUUCCCGCGGCCAAGUUUGAGAUGACAGCUAUGGAUGCGGUUUUUGUGCGCAUGGGCGCCAAAGACAAUUUAGCGGGUGGGCAGUCGACAUUCAUGGUCGAGCUCAGCGAAACUGGAGCGAUGCUUCGUCGAGCGACGACGAAUUCCCUAGUCGCGCUCGACGAACUCGGCAGAGGAACCGCCACCGCGGACGGUACAGCCAUCGCGUGUGCGGUUGCGUCGCAUCUCAUCGACAAGCGCUGCCGUACGCUCUUCAGCACGCAUUACCAUAGACUCGCCGACGACCACGCGCGCGACCCUCACGUGGCGUUGGCACACAUGGCGUGUCGAGUCGAGACGCCGAGCGGAGCAGGUGUCGAGACGCUCGGACGCGAAACGGUCACCUUUCUGUACACCCUCGCGAGCGGCAACUGUCCGCGAAGCUACGGUGUCAACGUCGCGCGUCUCGCUGGUUUACCCGAGAGCGUUUGCCUCGCCGCCGCGCGUCGCGCGGCACACCUCGAGGCUGGCCAACUGGAGAAGCUCGUCGGCGACGAGCGCAGUCGCGAGCGCGUCGUCGACGCGUGCCGCGAAGUCCUCCGCGACGUCUCCGCCGCAGACUUGACCGAACCAAACGUUCGUCGCGCGCAAGAUAAAGCCCGAACCGCCCUGUGA